GUCAUGCUUAUGAUAGAAACCAGUUAUUAGCAUUCUUCCAAAGCUAUCGAGAAGAAUACCCACUUACAACUUUGAUUUUAUACUUUCAAACUGCCACCACUAUAGAUGUCUGGCUGUCACAAAGUUGA